GCAGCCAUUUCCGAUCGCCUGCGGGAGAGGCUGUUUCGUGUGGACGCUCCCGCGGGUGGGCCCUCGACCCCUGCGCUCUUCCCGAGGUUCUGUUCCGAAGAGAGGAAGGGCAGCUCCCGGAGCCGCGGCCCGCCAUGUCUGAUCCAGCUCAGCCAGGUGCCCCAGGACAAGAAGGGGGAGAAAAUGCUGGUGGGGCCCCAGGACAACCUCCAAAUCUGACCAGUAAUCGCCGCCUGCAACAAACUCAAGCUCAAGUGGAAGAGGUGGUGGAUAUUAUGCGUGUGAAUGUGGACAAAGUCUUGGAACGAGAUCAGAAGCUAUCAGAACUAGAUGAACGAGCAGAUGCCCUCCAAGCUGGUGCCCAAGUAUUUGAAAGCAGCGCGGCAGCGCUCAAGAGGAAGUACUGGUGGAAGAACUGUAAGAUGAUGAUCAUGCUGGGAGUGAUCUGUGCCAUUGUGGUGAUCGCAAUUGCACUCUACUUUUUUACCUGAGAAUGUGGUCCCCUCCCCUUCUCCCCCUCCCCAGUCUGCAGCCUCUUCCCCCCCUCCCUUUCCUGUCCCAGUUCCUCCUCCUCUUUCCUUUCUCCCUUCAUUCUGGCUUCAACAUCAGUUUUCCUUUCGUUUCGUUUGCCUUCCAUAUGAGACUUUUAACGCACUGUUUCCAGUUUUGAGUUGAACCCCUUCAUAGCUGCUGCAGCCUCUGAAUGGGCCAGCUCUUUUUGGAGGGUGGCAGUGGGCCUAGUGGAGAAAUGGGCGGGGUGGGGGACUGGUGCACGCUGUCUAACGACACACUUGGGGUUUCACUUGCAGUUUGAGGGGAAUUGUAAGUGUCCACUUCACUUGCGACUCCGUUCCAAAGCAUUUCCUCUGGCCGUGGGCAGUGUUGGAGAAACCUCCAGAGCGGAGAAGCCGAGCCCCAACAGGGAGAGGAUUCAGAGGGUGUGAUGCCAGAAUUGGGCAGGCAGUCCCUUACUCAGAGGUAUAAUCUCAAGAUGGAUGCUCUGACUACAGGCGUUCUGGUCCUGUGAAGACCGACGCCCUUCCCUUACUGUCCCUAAAGCCACACUUGGCCUCAUGGCUAAGGUUGGCUUGACUCAAUCCCGUUGGCUUCAAAAGCAGGUGUGUUGUUAGAGGAGCCCUGUAUACUCGUAGUUAGUCAGAAUGAGAAAGGGGAUAAAAUGUGUGGCUCUUGCUGUUCUGUGGCUGUGUGGCUUGCUUGACCACUCGGGUAGCUGACGGAGCCUGCCGUUCAGCUAGCAACUCCCACACUACUCACUCCAUAGCUGAGUAGCAAUCGCAGCAACUUAACAGCACUGGCGCGCCCAACGCCACAGGUUUCCCGUCGUCUUCUACAGAAAUCACCGUAGAAGGAUUUGCUUCUAAAGGCAGGUGUGCUGUAAGAUGACGGGGCUGAAUUUGUGGUCUGGUUUUAAGAAGUUUCUGGGGUUGGAGGCAGCACUGCAGAGUGCCCAUGUUUCUGGGAAUGUUUGAAUGCUGCUUCUCACAAGCCUUCCAUCCCUCCUGUUUUCGGUCAUCACUUGAUGAUGCUGUCAGUGGUGAGCAUGCAAUGUAGGAACUCAUGCUCAAUUGCCACCAGAACAUGCUAGGGAGGUGUUGUAAUACUCCUGGCUGAAAAGAGCUCAGAGCAAAGGGUGCAAGUCUGAAUGUGCUUAAGGACGGGCACCGCCAUGUUUGCCUAUCAAGUCACAGGAAGUGGCACGGCAGCGAAGGCCUGUUUGGAUGUGCAAAAAGUGCUGAUCGGGGUUUGGCCAGAGAGAAUACUGCUGAAGGGGGAGCAGAGGCUGGGAUGUUUUAGGACAGGAAUGGUCAGCUAGUGACCUCUGGGCUUAAUUUAGCCCUCAAAGCAAUUUUAUCUGGCCCCUGAGCAUUUACUCUAGCUGUGCUAGGAAUAGCCUCUACAAUCCCCAUAGCAUGCUGCGACGGUGCAGACGUUUUGCAUGUUCACUGCCAUGCACCAGCCUUUCAUUUGCAGAGUUCAUCUCCUUGCGAUUUCCCCCAUCUUUCUCCACCUUGGGGGCUGAUGGAGGAGGCCAGGAACAGAGCUCCCAUCUCCUUUGGACAAGCCUCUAUCUCAGUGGACAAGCCUCUAUCUCAGUGGAACUGUGCUUGUGGAAGCGUGACAUCUGAAGAGGAGCCGGGGCCUGAUCCGUGAUGCUGUCUGUAUGAGAGGAAGCACAGUAAGGUGUACAGGCCCCUCUCGAUUUCUUCUGGACAAGAUCUUGGCUUGAUCUGCCACCACCUUGAUGGCGAGGAGGCCUCCCGGCGGCUUUCUUCUGCUUUUCUUGUCUGUUCUCAUGGAUGUCGUACGUUGCGCCUUCUCCCCCUUCUCCCUCUCCACUGCUCCAUCUCUUUCUGCAUGGGCAAAAAGUACACCCACUCCCCUGGGCCCUCUUGGGCCUAAAGCAAGGGACUACUUUUCUCUAUGCACAGGACUUCAGCCGCUUUCUCACGCACGCGUGGUUUGUCCUUGUGAGGAAGGCAGCCAUAAUCUUUCCCCCCGGCAUGUGUAACUAACACAGGCUAUGCUAACAAAAACUUCCCUGUCACCUAAAUGAGUCUGGUUCAUCUGUCUGAGUAUUGGAGGGAAGGGGUUCUGCUUGCAGGUGUCCAAACAAAAGACGCCGCGGGG